AUGCCUCUGAACCCAUUCCGACCUUGUGAGGGCUCGCCAACCUACCAAGAGGAAUAUCGGGGCAACUAUAUACCUAAGGUUAUUGAAAGGGAAUAUGGCCUCCAGGUGGUGGCGCCGGAUACUCCAUACGAACAAAUUGAGAAGCCAACUGUGCAAAACCUGGAGGAAUACAUCUCUAUAGACGAGGCUGUGACUGGCGAAACAGUAUUCGUGGUGCUGCUUGCAAGGGCAAUGAACAGGCACAAUCCUGAGCUUAAACUACCUGUGCAUGAGCCCGCCGGCGAUUGGGUAGUGACAUACGACCUGGAUGAUGAUGAAACCCUGACGAAGCGGGCUGAUAGACGUCAUGAUAUUGGCUGUCAGAACACCAGCCCCGACUGCACAAAGCACCAUUGUCAUUAA